AUGAGCAACACACAAGCUGAGAAGUCCAUGAUGGGCAUCACUGAGCUGUUUCACAACUACACCACGCACCAUGACACCAUCAACAAGCCAGCCUUGCAGAAAAUGCUCCAGGAGAAUUUCCCCAACUUUCUCCAGGCCUGUGACAAAAAGGGCACAGAUUACUGGGUCAAUAUCUUUGAGAAGAAGGACAAGAAUGGGGAUAAGAAGAUUGAAUUUUCCGAGUUUUUGUCCUUGCUGGGGGAAAUAGCCAUGGACUUCCAUCAGCAGAGCCACAGAGCCGCCCCUUGUUCUGGGGGAAGCCAGUGA